GAAAGACUGAGUGAGGACGUGAGCUGAUCUGGAUCGCAAGGGUCUCCUUGUGAGGCGGGGUGGAACACAAGUAGUCCGAAAAGAAAGCGAGAGCAAAUAGGGGUCUUUCGGGAUUAAUUCUUCUUCUUUUGUUCUUCUUUGCGGGCCGCGCUUCUCGACUGAGUUGGACCUGAGGCGUUUUAUGUGUUCAACCACGACUGAAGAGACUGAUUCCCCUUCAGUCCUGUCUGGAGGAUCUGGUGUGCCAUUGGCCUGUUUAGGUUGGAUGAAAACUGGGGCUGAUGGGAGGAAGCUACCAUGUCUUAGUUGGCUUCCCACUCUGACACUCCUGCCCCCUUCCCCCCCCCCUCCCCUGAUUGCUGUCCUCCUGGAGACAUGAGCCUUCAGAGGCAACAGCAAACGAUGGGAUCUGACCGGGACCUUCAGUCUGCCACCUCCUCAGUCAGCCUGCCCUCUGUCAAGAAGGCACCCAGGAAGCACAGGCUGUCGCUGCGCUCGUUCUUUCGACGACGCCGUGAGCCAAAGCGCCGCUCCUGUGACCUGGGUGUGGAUGGCAUCGCCAGUGUGGAGAGCAUCCACUCGGAGAUGUGCCAGGAGAGGGUACCGGGGAUAGCUUCCUCUGCCUCCUCAUCCUCAGCUGUCUCCUCAUCCUCAGCAGAGCUGUUGGAGUGCCCGCUAUGCCUGCUGCGGCACACACGCGAGCGUUUCCCUGAGAUCAUGACAUGCCCGCACCGUUCCUGUGCAGACUGCCUGCGCCAAUACCUGCGCAUCGAAAUCUCUGAAAGUCGUGUUAACAUCAGCUGCCCUGAGUGCACCGAGCGCUUCAACCCACACGAUAUUCGCACAAUCCUGGCCGACCGAACCCUCAUGGAGAAGUACGAGGAGUUCAUGCUGCGCCGCUGGCUGGUGGCAGACCCAGACUGCCGCUGGUGCCCUGCCCCCGACUGUGGGUAUGCCGUAAUUGCCUUCGGUUGCGCCAGCUGCCCCAAGAUCACGUGUGGCCGAGAAGGUUGCGGGACAGAGUUCUGCUACCACUGCAAGCAGCUGUGGCAUCCCAACCAGACAUGUGAUGCUGCCAGGCAACAAAGAGCGCACAGUCUAAGGCUGAGGACCACACGCUCGUCUUCCUUGAGUUACAGCCAGGAGAGCGGAGCCCAAGCUGAUGACAUCAAGCCCUGUCCACGCUGUGCUGCCUACAUUAUCAAGAUGAAUGAUGGUAGUUGCAACCACAUGACCUGCGCUGUGUGUGGCUGUGAGUUCUGCUGGCUCUGCAUGAAGGAGAUCUCUGACCUGCACUACCUGAGCCCGUCCGGGUGCACCUUUUGGGGUAAGAAACCCUGGAGCCGGAAGAAGAAGAUCCUGUGGCAGUUGGGCACAUUGGUGGGUGCCCCGGUGGGCAUCGCCCUCAUCGCUGGCAUAGCCAUCCCUGCCAUGGUCAUUGGCAUCCCCGUCUAUGUGGGAAGGAAGAUUCACAGUCGCUAUGAAGGGAAGGAUAUCUCAAAGCACAAGAGGAACCUGGUAAUUGCAGGAGGCGUGACUCUGUCAGUCAUAGUGUCUCCUGUAGUGGCAGCAGUUACUGUAGGCAUCGGGGUUCCCAUCAUGCUCGCCUACGUGUACGGCGUGGUGCCCAUCUCGCUGUGCCGCAGUGGGGGGUGCGGUGUGUCUGCUGGCAAUGGCAAAGGUGUGCGCAUUGAGUUUGAUGACGAGAACGACAUGAAUGUAGGGGCCGGACCAGCCACCAUCGACAGUGCCUCUGUGGUGGAGACGCGCAACAACCCCAGUAUCGGUGAGGGCAGUGUGGGUGGCCUGACCGGUAUCCUGAGCGCCAGCGGCUGCCACAUGGACCACAUGGGUACUACCCGUGACAACAUAAGUGAGAACGCCAGCAUCUUGGCACUGGCUGGUGCAAGCAUCACCGGGAGCCUUUCAGGCAGCACCAUGGUCAGCUGCUUCAACAGGCUUGAGGUGCAGGCAGAUGUUCAGAAGGAGCGCUACAGCCUUAGUGGGGAGUCUGCCACUGUCAGUCUGGGGACAAUCAGUGACUGUGCCAGCACUAAAGCUAUGGCAGGAUCGAUCCUUAGUUCCUGCGUGCCUCUGGACAGGGAUGGCAACAGUAUGGAGGUGCAGGUGGACAUAGAGUCCAAGCCCAGAAAGCAGAGGCAUCACAGCGGUGGCAGCAGCAUGGAUGACGGCAGCAGUGGUGGGCGCGGGGCAGCGUCUGACUGCAAGGCCCUUGCCACCAAGUGGGCCAAGGAUGCCUCCUCGUCUUCCUCCGGGAAGAAGAGCAAAGGCAAGCUGCGGAGAAAGGCUGGCACCCACAUCAACGAGACGCGUGAAGACAUGGAGGCGAGACUGCUGGAGCGGCGCAGCAACACACCCAGUGAGUGCGACACACCCUCUCUGAGCGGCAGUCUGCCCUCGGUGGCUGAGUCGCACUGUAGCCGCUUGUCCUUUGAACUCAGCUGCUCCGAGCCAGAAAGUGCCAAGGUGGAUGGCCGCAUCCGCCCGGCUACAGUUAGUCCGCUACCCGAGGUGGAAAAUGACCGGCUGGAGAGUUGCUCUGCCCCGAUCCCUCUUUCUCCUGAAAUCUCUCCACUCCGCCGUGUUGCCGAGGGAGAGGACCCCCAGCCAACGAGCCCCCCAAGGAACUUUUGCAUUCAGACAGAUAUCUAGUUCCUCAAGUCCUGUGGAUGCACUUUGCAAGAUCCCCAGUCUCUCUCGCUUGCAUCAGUUUGUACAGUUUGCUAAAGAAGCUAAUGUUCAAUGUUUACUUUAUUUAAAAUAUUUAGUUCUAUCAUUUACCCCUUUUCACUGGAUGUGUUCAGUUAAGUUGUCACUAAGUCGGUCAGGUAGCACGACAAAGUUAUAGAUGAAGCGAUGUGAUCGAUGGAUGACGACAACUCGGACACUUUCUAAAAUGCCCUGUGAUGCUUCUGCAAGUGUGGAGGGGAUGGGGAUGUCCCAGAUUGUCAAAGCCCACAGUUUUGUGUGAUUCUGCUGCACGUGUGGAGUCAGAAUGGCGAUGGCAGCAUUACACGUGCAAGCGGUUUUGGAUGCUCUUUUACCCAUUCUUGAAGGCACUGUAAGAUUCUGGGAUUUUGGCGAGAUCUUGUUUUUGUGAGGACCACAAGAAGGAUCCAGUAGUUGUACGUUUCCAGUUAUUCUCAUGCCCUGGUGUGUACAGUCUGUUUGGAACCCCACUGUGCUAUGUUUCCACGUGAUUUGUUCUUCACCCACAAAUGCUUCACGACAUGCGUAUUGUAGAAAUCUCAAUUCUGUCAAAAGAGGGACCAGUUGGUGCAGUUUUUCUUCCAGAAUUUGUGGAUAUUGAAUACUAAGGGAAUGUGGGAUUGAGUUGUAUUUAAUUUAUUCUUUUCAAAAUACGACUAACAAUCGGAGCCCUCCUUGGAACUGUGGGUGUGUGACUGUUGGCAAACAGCCGAGGGAGGGAGCAGGGUGGAAAUCCCCAUUUAGUUACCUCUAAAAUGCUACAAAUUUGCACUCUUGUGAUCUGGCAGGGGUGUUUCACCCAGCAGGAUAACGCCUGUACCUCGUGGUGAACUUUGAACAUGGUGUGUGGGGUUUUUUUGGCGGGGGGUGCGUGGGUGGGGGUGGAUAUUGAAUCUAAUUUGUGAACAUGUUCGAAACUUUAACUGGCUAACAAGUGUUGUCCUGCUUGGCGAAAUUAGUAUAUAAUGAGUAUAUAAACCCAGCUGAGGGAGAAGGAUUGGAACACAGGUCAAGGUUCCAGCAUCCUGUGAACCAAAAGCUUACACCCUUCUGAAACUUGUACAUAUAUAUUCAGAGCUGAAGGCUUUAGGCCAGGUCAUUCUUGCAGAAAGUGGACUCUUGGUGCCUUCUGAAAAGCUGUCGGUAUCGUUUUUCAAUUUUGUGUCUUUAAAACAAACCUGCAGCUGAAUGUCUGUGUAGAAAGAUUCUCAUAUGUUUACAUUAACUGUGGUAGACAUCAUGAAUACCCAUGUUUUUCUUACUGUCUCACCUACCAAAGAUGGCUCUCAGGCUUCCAUUGAAUCGCAUUCCUGUCACCCUUGAUGUGUGCGACACCUCAGAUGGAGAGCACGUAGUGGGCCCUCCCCCCUUGUCCUCCGCCUGGAUAGAUGUGGCGGUGCGCUGCCUUUACAAAUAUCCAGAAUUCCUCCAUAUAGCUGCUGAGCGCUGGCCACACACCCUGUUCAGCCUGGUUCCUCGGUGUACGACAGUGCACCGCGUUUCAGUCAGGGGUCGGACACCGCUCUCCCCUGUCUGUUUUGCCACUCUGGUGCUGCUCGGUGGAAGUGGGAACACCACAGUCUGCAGUUUUUCGUCACUAUAUUUUGAACACUAGUGCCAGGUGUAACACCUUAUUUGAACAGGACUGCUUACAGAAUUUGUACAAUUGUUUGCUAAUUUGCUUUAUAAA